UGCAUCUAGUAGUAGGGCAGCAGGGCUGGAGCGGCUGCGCCGAGGGACGCGAAGCCUCUCUGGCCAUCAUCCUCUUCCCCGCUCUGCCUCUGCCCCGAAUCGGACGCGGCGAGGGUGGGCGGGCGGUUCUGCGUGCCGCCCCCCGCGGGCUCCUUUGUUAUUCCGGCCGAGCGCCGCUGCCGCGCCCCCAGCCUCGGCCGUGCCGCCCCCCGCGGGAGCGCGCCCCGCUCCCCGCUCGCCCCCGCCCCGCCCCGCCGCCGCCGCUGCCCGGCAGAACCUUCCAGCGCCGCCGCCCCGCGGGGCCGCCGCCAUGGGCGCCGCCCCCGCGCCGCGCUGAGCCCGCGCCCGGAGCCCCGAGCCCCCGCCAUGGAGCUGGGCAAGGUGACCGUCAGCAUCAAUAAGGCCAUUAAUGCACAGGAAGUGGCUGUCAAGGAGAAACAUGCCAGGACAUGCAUCCUGGGAACACACCAUGAGAAGGGAGCACAGACCUUCUGGUCAGUGGUGAACCGGCUGCCGCUGUCCGGCAAUGCUGUGCUCUGCUGGAAGUUCUGCCAUGUCUUCCACAAGCUCCUCCGGGAUGGACAUUCCAAUGUCCUGAAAGACUCUGUGCGAUACAAGAAUGAGUUGAGUGACAUGAGCAGGAUGUGGGGCCACCUGAGCGAGGGCUAUGGUCAGCUCUGCAGCAUCUACCUCAAACUGCUGAGAACCAAGAUGGAAUUUCACACCAAGAAUCCCCGAUUCCCUGGAAAUCUGCAGAUGUCUGACCGGCAACUUGAUGAGGCUGGGGAGAAUGACGUCAAUAACUUUUUUCAGCUGACGGUGGAGAUGUUUGACUACCUGGAGUGUGAGCUGAACCUCUUCCAGACAGUGUUCAGCUCUCUGGACAUGUCACGCUCAGUGUCGGUGACAGCAGCAGGGCAGUGCCGUCUGGCCCCACUCAUCCAGGUGAUCCUGGACUGCAGCCACCUCUAUGACUACACUGUCAAGCUGCUCUUCAAGCUCCACUCCUGUCUGCCAGCAGAUACACUGCAGGGCCACCGGGAUCGCUUUCUGGAGCAGUUCCAAAAGCUCAAGGACCUUUUCUACCGCUCCAGCAACCUCCAGUACUUCAAGCAGCUGAUUCAGAUCCCGCAGCUGCCAGAGAACCCUCCCAAUUUCCUGCGUGCCUCUGCACUGUCUGAGCACAUCAGCCCUGUGGUGGUGAUCCCCGCCGAGGCGUCCUCGCCUGACAGCGAGCCCAUUACAGACCUGGUGGAGAUGGACGCAGCCUCGCAGAGCCUGUUUGACAACAAGUUUGAUGACAUCUUUGGCAGCUCCUUCAGCUGUGACCCCUUCAACUUUAACAGCCAGAACGGGAUGAACAAGGAUGACAAGGACCGGCUAAUUGAGCAGCUUUAUGGGGAGAUCACAGCCCUGAAGGAGGAGCUGGAGAACUUCAAGGCUGAGAGUGCACGGGGUGCAGUGCAGCUGCGUGGCCGUGCCAGCGAGUUGGAGGCUGAGCUGGCCGAGCAGCAGCACCUGAAGCAGCAGGCACAGGAUGAGAGUGAGUUCCUGCGUGCAGAGCUGGAAGAGCUGAAGAAGCAGCGGGAGGACACGGAGAAGGCUCAGCGGAGCCUGACGGAAAUUGAGAGACGGGCACAGGCCAAUGAGCAGCGGUACAGCAAACUGAAGGAGAAGUACAGCGAGCUGGUGCAGAACCAUGCUGACCUGCUGCGCAAGAAUGCAGAGGUGACCAAGCAGAUUACAGUGGCCAGGCAGGCUCAAGGGGAUGUGGAGCGGGAGAGGAAGGAGCUGGAGGACUCCUUCCAGCGUGUGAGUGAGCAGGCACAGAGGAAGGUGAGUAGGGAUGGUGGGGGACACACCAGGAAUGAGCUGGGGCUCCCCAUGGGGCACCAGUGCUGCCAGCCUCUCCCCUUGCUGCAGUCUCAGGAGCAGGCAGAGGUGCUGGAGACACUGAAGCGGGAGCUGGCAGCCAGCAGACAAGAGUUGCAGGUCCUCCAGGGCACGCUGGAGUCCAGCACACAGGCAGGAGUGGAGCAGAACACUCGGAUUGCCAGCCUGGAGCAGGAGAGGGACAGGCUGAGCCAAGCAGCAGAGCAGCACAGGGACAAGAUGGCAGCUUUGCAGGCUGAGCUGCAGCAGCUGCGGGACACACUCAGCCGUGAGCAGGAGAGCAGCAGGACAGAGCUGGAGAUGCUGCAGACCCAGCUGAGAGACAAGGAGAGCACAGAACGAGCGCUGCAGCAGCGCCUGGCCGAGGAGCAGCUGUCCCUGCUGCAGGGCACCAUGCACGAGGCUGAGUGCAUGGUGCAGGACGCCCUGGCUCGCAUGGAGGAUCCUGCUCAUAUCAGCUGCACCGGCUCAGCAGAUUGCCUCCUGUCCCAGACGCUGGCAGCCUCUGAGUGCGCAGAACGGCUGCGGGACGCACACAGCAAGUACAUUUCAGAUGGCGCAGCCGUGGGCUCCCUGCUGCCCCACCUGGCACUCUUCGCCCACCUGGUCAGCAACACCCUCCUGCAGGGCAGUGCAACCUCCCAUGUGGCCCCUGUGGAGCCUGCUGACCGUCUGCUGGAGCUGUGCAAGCAGUGUGGCAGUGAGACUGUGAGCUACCUCAGCGCCCUGCAAGACCCAGGGAUGGUCGCAAGUGCUGACUGCAGCCUGGUGACAGCCUGCCUGGGCCAGAUCAGCGCUAUUGGGGAGGAGCUGCGUCCCAGAGGUCUGGACGUCAAGCAGGAGGAGCUGGGUGACCUAGUGGACAAGGAGAUGGCAGCGACGGCCGCGGCCAUUGAAAUAGCAUCUGCCCGUAUUGAGGAGAUGCUGAGCAAGGCACGGGCUGGUGACACUGGGGUCAAACUGGAAGUUAACGAGAGGAUUCUGGGCUCCUGCACAGGCCUCAUGCAGGCCAUCCGUGUCCUGGUCCUGGCCUCCAAGGAUCUCCAGAGAGAGAUCGUGGAGAGUGGACGGGGUGCAGCAUCCCCCAAGGAGUUCUAUGCCAAGAAUUCACGCUGGACUGAGGGUCUCAUCUCUGCUUCCAAGGCAGUGGGCUGGGGUGCCACUGUCAUGGUUGAUGCUGCUGACCUGGUAGUGCAAGGCAAGGGGACAUUCGAGGAGCUGAUGGUCUGUUCCCGGGAGAUUGCGGCCAGCACUGCUCAGCUGGUGGCAGCCUCCAAGGUGAAGGCAGACAAAGACAGCGCCAACCUCUGCAAGCUCCAGCAAGCCUCCCGGGGUGUCAGCCAGGCCACAGCCAGUGUGGUGGCCUCCACCAAGGCUGGGAAGUCUCAAGUGGAGGAGAAAGAUAGCAUGGACUUCUCCAGCAUGACACUCACCCAGAUCAAGCGUCAGGAGAUGGACUCACAGGUGCGGGUGCUGGAGCUGGAGAACCAGCUGCAGAAGGAGCGGCAGAAGCUGGGGGAGCUGCGCAAGAAGCACUACGAGUUGGCUGGCGUGGCUGAGGGCUGGGAGGAGGACGGAGCCGCGUCCAGAACCAGAGCCGAGCCGCCAGCAAGACCCCAGGGCUGGGGCGAGGGCGCAAACUACACCUGUAUUUAUUAGAGCUGCUGGGGGUGGGGGGAGGCGUCUACACGGGGGUCUUUAACCCUUUAGUUUUUUAUUUUGCACAGGUUCUGGGAACUCCUAGAGCCUUCUCUGGCUGAGUGAGAGCGGUCAGACUUCUCUUGCCUCUCGCUGCUUUUCCAGCCUUAAUCCAGCCUCUGGCUCGACAUGAAUGUCCCCCCGCCCUGGGGAUGAGCAUACUGAAGGCCCCGGGGGUGCCACCGGGUGGGGGACAGCCUUUGGGGUGCUGCUGGGCUUGGUGCUAAGUGUGCUCCCCCUCAGCGGGGACACCGAGUGCCUUUGGCCACUGCAGGCUGAGAGGUGGUGUUCCUGUGGGAUACCCUGGCUGGUGACACAGGGUGCUAGGAACAGCUAGGAAAGGGGCAGCAGCAGGAGGGAUGCUGCCAUGAGCUCCUGUCCCUCCUUCCAGGUCCCCAAAACGCCUUCCAAGCCCCCCUGAGCUGGGCUGCUCUGCCCUGCCAGUUCACUGUGUUCAUGCCAGCAAUAAACCCUCUGCAAGGUGCUGGGUCUGGGUUUGGGCCACCACAGUGCCACCACAGAAGCCUGGGGACAGGGUGUGACUCUAGGGCAGCACCACAGAGGGUUUGGGGGGAAGGCAGGGUGCCCCAAAACCAGAGCACCCCAAAACCAGAGUAAGCAGCUCCCUGUCCCUGCUCACUUCAGUGCCACCCUGAUGUCAUCACCACCCUCUUGGGUGCAGGGGGACCAGGGCCAGUGUGGGCUGUGGGUAGGGGUGGCCAUGGAGCUGGCACCAGCCAGGGAACCUUUGUGCCUUGAGUAGGGGGCUCAGAGGGCAGGGGGCAUCAGCCACCUCUGGGCCCCCCAGUUCAUCUCGCUGCAGUGGAGACAGUGACGUCAGACCAUGCAGCAAUGUCCCCAUCUCCCACGGUCCUGCUGGUGCCCCUGCUGGGGCCAGUGUCCCUCCACUUGGGGUACUGAGGACAGGAUUUGGCCUUUCUCCCUUUGGGAAGAGUCUGGGCUGUCACUGUGUGCUUUUCCAGCAAUGCCCACCUGUCAGCACCCAGCUGGCACCUGGAGCAGUGGGACAUGUCACUACCAUGGCCUCAGAGCUGCCACCCCUCCAUGCAGCCACCCAGCGUGCAGGGACCCACUGUUCCCGUGUCCCCCACCAGCCCUGCUGCCGGACCACCUGCUCUGUGCGCCAGCCCACUGGAGGGACCUGGGGUCCUGCUGGUUCCCCAUCCUCAACCCAUGCUGGCUCCCCUUGGAUGCAAUGCCAACCAUCCCGUUCCUGCAGAACACGGGGAGCCCCAAAACCCUCCCCGCUAUUUUUGGGGGGACUCUCGCCUGCACGCCCAACUACCUCAGGCCUUGGGGUCAGGAGUGGCAUGGGGGUCACAGUGGCAGUGGAGUCUUGGGGACAGCGGCACUGCUCUCGGCCUAAUCCAGUUGUCCUUUUUGUAUCCCAGCCAGGCGUGGGCAGAGGGUCCCUGCGGUGUCCCCAGUGAUGGCAGCUGGUGACAGGGACGGCAGGGGUCCUCCCCCCGCACUGCAGGGCAAGUUGAUUUGGAUUUUCAUUGUAUGAUGAUGACCAUGUUGUUGAUUUUGGAUUUUUCAAUAAAGCCUUCAGCCCAGCC